GUCCAGGAUUACCACCAUGGCUGAGAUCUUCAACAUCACCACCGCGCACCUCGCGCAAUCGCCAACAUGGUCCAGCCCAGCAUCCUCCUUCUUAUCGGGCUGGUCCACCUGGCAGUAUAUCGUGACGUUCCUACUGGGAGUAAUAGUCUACGACCAAGUCAUGUACAUCAAGCGAAAGGGCUCUAUCGCCGGCCCGGCAUUCAAGAUCCCCCUGAUGGGUCCAUUCCUCCAAGCCAUCCACCCCAAGUUCGAUGAAUACCUCGCUCAAUGGGCAAGCGGACCUCUAAGCUGCGUCUCCGUCUUCCACAAAUUCGUCGUCCUCGCAUCCGACCGCGACCUCGCGCACAAAGUCUUCAAAUCCCCCACCUACGCAGAACCGUGCCUCGUCCCCAUCGCCAAAGAUAUCCUCGGCCACAAAGCCUGGGUUUUCCUGCAGGGCAAAGCGCACGCCGAGUACCGCCGGGGCCUGGCGCCGCUGUUCACCAACAAAGCCAUGGAGACCUACCUCCCGGCCCAGGAGAAAGUGCUGGCGGACUACUUCGACCGAUUCGUGGCGGCCAGCGCGGCCAACGACCACCAGCCGAUCCCCUUCAUGACCUUCUUCCGCGAGAUCAACUGCGCACUCUCAUGCCGCACUUUCUUCGGGGACUACAUCUCGCCGGACGCGAUCCAGAAGAUCGCGGACGACUUCUACCUGGCGACAGCGGCGCUGGAGCUGGUCAACAUCCCGCUGUCGAUGUACGUGCCGUUCACGAAGCCGUGGUGGGGCAAGCGGACGGCGGACGCGGUGCACGCGGAGUUCGCGCGGUGCGCGGCGGCGUGCAAGGCGAACAUGGCGCGGGGGGCGGCGCCCACCUGCAUCGUGGACCACUGGGUGCGGCACAUGAUGGAGUCGAGCCGGUACCGGGCGCGGCUGGCAGCGGGCGAGACCGUGCCGGACGAGGAGAAGCCCAAGAACCUGAUCCGCGAGUUCACAAACCAGGAGAUCAGCGAGACGCUAUUCACCUUCCUGUUCGCCUCGCAGGACGCCUCCAGCAGCGCGACGACCUGGAUCUUCCAGAUCCUGGCCCAGCGGCCGGACGUGCUGGCCCGCGUGCGCGCGGAGAACCUGGCCGCCCGCGGCGGCGACCGCUCCCGCGCCUUCGACCUGCCCAUGCUGGAGUCGCUGACCUACACCAGCGCCGUCAUCAAGGAGCUGCUCCGCCACCGCCCGCCCGUCAUCUUCGUGCCCUACCUCGCGACCCGCGACUUCCCCAUCACGCCCGAGUACACCGCGCCCAAGGGGGCGAUGGUGAUCCCCUCGUGCUGGCCAGCGCUGCAUGACCCCGAGGCGUAUCCGAACCCCGAGGUGUUCGAUCCGGACCGCUGGAUCACGGGGGAUGCCGAGUCGAAGACGAAGAACUGGCUGGUGUUCGGGGCGGGGGCGCACGACUGUUUGGCGCGGAAGUACGUGCCGCUGUCGAUGGCGGGGAUGAUCGGCAAGGCGGCGCUGGAGCUGGACUGGACGCAUCAUGCGACGGCCAGGUCGGAGGAGAUUCGGGUGUUUGCCACGUUGUUUCCAAUGGACGAAUGUCCGCUGGUAUUCAGGAAGCGCCCUUAGCCUUGACACAUUAGCCAAGCUAGCCAUGAGCCCUCGAUGCAGGCCAUCGAGCUAACCACACAUAUAAUAUC